CUCUGAUUUGGGAGCCGGCGCCGGCAGAGCCGCGCGCACCCUAGCGGCUGGGAGGACGCACUUGCGGCUCGGCGGGGAGCAGGAGGGGAAAGGUGAACCGCUCGCCGUCGGUCGUUACGUCCGCAAAGAUCGGAGCGCCUUCUGGUCGGCAGGAAUCUCAGGGGAGUAGCUGCUUCACCCUCUGGGUUCUUCGAGGAUUGUAUCAGCUGCAAAGUAGGCAAUGGAGAAGAAUGCUUGCAUUACUACCACUGAUGGGCCUCCAGUUACUCAAAGUAAUCAGAAAGCGACAGUAAUAAUGGGAAAAAAUGACUCUUCAUCUGACUGCAUUUACAUGGAUUACAAUGCCACAACGCCUAUGGACGCUGAGGUUAUUCAAACUGUUCUUGAAGCCAUGCAGGAAGCAUGGGGAAACCCUAGCAGUUCUUAUACUCCAGGUAAGAAAGCCAAGGAGUUGAUAGAUUGGUCAAGACAGAGUGUGGCUCAGAUGGUUGGAGGCCGACCAGAAGAUAUCAUUUUCACCUCUGGUGGAACUGAAGCUAACAAUCUAGUCUUUCACACGGCAAUCAAGUACUAUUGGGACCACCAGCGGCAACAGACACACAAUUCUGGAAGUAUGGAUACUGAUCCAACAGCUAGGCCAUUACCUCACAUCAUUACAUCAAACAUUGAGCAUGAUUCAGUGCAACUCGUGGUGGACAAUCUGAUCAAAGAGGAGAAAGCAGAAGCUACGUUUUUAUCUGUUUCCAAGGUAACUGGAUGCGUUGAAGUGGGUGACGUAAUAGCUGCUGUCAGGCCAACCACCUGCCUUGUUUCUCUUAUGCUUGCUAACAAUGAGACAGGCAUUCUGAUGCCCAUUGCAAAGGUUUGUCAACGAGUGAAAUCUUUAAAUCAACAAAGAGGCCCAGAAAUACCCCGAAUUUUGCUGCACACAGACGCAGCUCAGGCAGUUGGCAAGCUGCAGCUCGAUAUACUGGAUCUUGGUGUCGAUUAUCUCACAAUCGUAGGACACAAGUUCUACGGCCCACGGAUCGGAGCCCUGUAUGUAUCAGGACCAGGCAAGAACUCGCCUUUAUACCCGAUGUUCUUUGGUGGUGGCCAAGAAAGGAAAUUCAGGCCAGGAACAGAAAACACACCAAUGAUCGCAGGACUUGGGAAGGCUGCUGAAUUGGUGGUCAGGAAUCUCGAAGCAUAUGCCAGUCACAUGCAAGAAGUGAGGGAUUACAUGGAAGAGAAACUGUUGACUGACUUUGGGAAAGAUAGACUACGUUUCAACAGCCACUUUGAGGGCUCAGAGAGAUUGCCUAACACCUGCAACGUGUCUAUUCUUGGACCUAACCUGCAAGGUCGGACAGUGCUGCUACAUUGUCGAAGGCUGUUGGCUAGUGUCGGAGCUGCUUGCCAUUCAGACAAAGGCAAUAGGCCUUCCCAUGUUUUGCUAAACAGUGGCAUUCCCUAUGAGGUGGCAGAGAACGCACUUCGCCUGAGUGUGGGACGUGCAACAUCAAAGGAGGAUGUAGAUGCCAUCAUAGAAGAUCUGAAACAAGCUGUUAGUGAAAUUGAAAUGUGUGCUGCACAGUCUGGGAAGUAGCACACAGCAAUGAACUUAAUACUGCCAAAAGAAAUCCAGGGAUAGAAAAUAGUAGUAAUGAGCGAUGCCUCUGAUUUCUGCUAGGUUGAGAUAAUGUUUUCAAAGCAGUUGGAGAUGAUAUUUCUAUGAUCCUCUGCGUUGGUUUUUAAAACUUAAUCCUCGAAACCUACCUCACCAACAACACUGGUUGUACUUCUGGGUUGAAGUAAUGGCCAUUGUGUAUUUAUUUAAAGAGGCAGAUAAAAUUAAAUCUGUUUAAACAAAGGCAUUGAUAGGCAAAAUUUAAAUUAGUUAUUUUUUUAAUUUGCCAAGGGACUGACUAUUGUGCAGCAAGUAAAUGGUACUCUGCAUUUCAUGUUAAUCAUUUUUAAUUAAAUAACGCCGGGUUACUCCCAGUGCUGGAUUAUACACUUAAUAUAAAUAUGUAUUUUUCAUGAUAAACUCAUUCGGAUGAAAGCAAUAAAACAUAUGUCGCUGAGAAAUAUUUUC